UAACAAUGGCGACUUCUUCAAUUUUCGUAACCACUUGUCUUCUUGUUCUGAGUCUUCUUCCACCUUGUACCCCGGCUAGAUCCUUUCCAACAGGUGCAGUGGGGAGUACAUGCAAUGGCUUAAUUUCCAUGGUUACCGACUUAGGAAAGAAGAUACCCAAAUCGCCACCGUCUCCAUCACUGGCGCCGUCGAAACAUCAAGGAACAAUCGAGCAGCCGACGCAACAAAGUUGGUCGACUCCAGAUUUUCAGUUUAAUCCCACGGCGACUGAUCUGCCAACGCCGGCACCACCAAAGGAUCAAGAAAUAAUCGAGCAACUGAUACAACAGAGAUCAUCUCAAGGUUUUCAAGUGGCCUCGUCAUAA